GGGGCCGUGGAGUCCAUCGCCAUGAAGAACCCCAAGGAGCGGACGGCGCUGUUCGAGGAGAUCAGCCGCUCGGGGGAGCUGGCGCAGGAGUACGACAAGAGGAAGAAGGAGAUGGUGAAGGCCGAGGAGGACACUCAGUUCAACUACCACCGCAAGAAGAACAUCGCCGCCGAGCGCAAGGAGGCCAAGCAGGAGAAGGAGGAGGCUGACCGGUACCAGCGCCUCAAGGACGAGGUGGUGAGAGCUCAGGUCCAGCUCCAGCUCUUCAAGCUCUACCACAACGAAGCAGAGAUUGAGAAGCUCAACAAGGAGCUGGGCUUGAAGAACAGGGAGAUCGAUAAGGACAAGAAGAGGAUGGACAGGGUGGAGGAUGAGCUGAAGGACCGCAAGAAGGAGCUGGGCAAGAUGAUGAGGGAGCAGCAGCAGAUCGAGAAGGAGAUCAAGGAGAAGGACUCGGAGCUCAACCAGAAGCGUCCUCAAUACAUCAAGGCCAAGGAGAACACGUCCCACAAGAUCAAGAAGCUGGAAGCAGCCAAGAAGUCGCUGCAGAACGCGCAGAAGCAGUACAAGAAGCGCAAAGGGGACAUGGACGAGCUGGAGAAGGAGAUGUUGUCCGUGGAGAAGGCCCGGCAGGAGUUCGAGGAGCGGAUGGAAGAGGAGAGCCAGAGCCAAGGCCGGGACCUGACCUUGGAGGAGAACCAGGUGAAGAAGUACCAUCGGCUGAAGGAGGAGGCCAGCAAACGUGCGGCCACCUUGGCCCAGGAGCUGGAGAAGUUCAACCGGGACCAAAAAGCUGACCAGGAUCGGCUGGAUCUGGAGGAGAGGAAGAAAGUGGAGACUGAGGCCAAGAUCAAGCAGAAGCUGCGGGAGAUCGAGGAGAACCAGAAGCGCAUUGAGAAGCUGGAGGAGUACAUCACCACCAGCAAGCAGUCGCUGGAGGAGCAGAAGCGCCUGGAGGGGGAGCUCACCGAGGAGGUGGAACUGGCCAAGCGCCGCAUCGAUGAGAUCAACAAGGAGCUCAACCAGGUGAUGGAGCAGUUGGGGGACGCCCGCAUCGACCGCCAGGAGAGCAGCCGCCAGCAGAGCAAGGCCGAGAUCAUGGACAGCAUCAAGCGCCUCUACCCCGGCUCCGUGUUCCUGCCCCUCGAUUACCUGGAGGUGAAGCCCACAGACGAGAAGCUGCGGGAGCUGAAGGGGGCCAAGCUGGUGAUCGACGUGAUCCGCUACGAGCCCCCCCACAUCAAGAAGGCCCUUCAAUACGCCUGCGGCAACGCGCUCGUGUGCGACAACGUGGAGGACGCCCG